AUGACGAGUAAUACAACGCUAGUUACAAAACUAGUUGAAACAACAACAUCAAAUUUAAUAUCAGAACGUGAAAAGUUAUUUAAAAAAAUUUCUCAAUUAAUUAAUAAUGAAACAGAAUUAUAUAAACAUCAAAUAGCUGAUUUAAUCGAACCAGAAAAAUAUAAUGUUCGUAGUGCUCAUAUUAUUAUUUGGGUAUUUUGUAUUAUUACUUAUCUGUUGGCAAUUCCAAUAUGUGUACGAUUUAUUCGAUCAAAAGCUUAUUUAAACCCAAUUGAUUAUUUUUCAUUUCAAAUUAUUCUUUGUGCAUUUUUUGCAUGGAUUCCAUCAUUAAUACUUAUUCUUUAUUAUUGGUUUCAAGUCUUUAGUUUACGACUUUGUCGUUUACAUUAUGUUAUUUUAUCAACAAAUGAAACUGUUCCAUUAAUUUUUGUAUUGUACAUGAUUGUAGAACGUUUUCUUUAUGCUCAUCCAUCCUAUAAACAAAAAAUUCCAAUGUUUUCUCGUAUGUAUUUUAUGCAUGUAUAUGCAAUUUUUACUUGGCUUUUAACAUUACUUAUCUAUGCUCUUGCAUCACCAUUCAAUCAAAAUUAUUCAAGUUCAAUCAUAUCGGUUUAUACUGCAAAAUAUUGUCCAUAUAAUUUUUCAAAAUUACAAUCAAUUGCUACAGCACGUUCAAUAAUAUAUUUUUGUUUAUUUUUUCCUGCUACAAUUUUAAUUAGUUUUGUUCUGAGAUAUUUUUAUCUUAUGCGUGGAACAAGUCAAGUACCACCAAUUGAAAAACUAUGGACAAUCCGUGUUACUGCAUUACUUUGUAUACUUGUUUUUUAUGAUGUAUAUUUAUUUUAUCUUGAACAUAUUUCUGAAUCAUAUCGAUCAUUUAUAUUAGCAUCUGUAUUACGUUCAACAUUUUAUUUAAUGCAAUUAAUUAUAAUACUUUGGACAGAUCCCUAUUGGAUUGAAUUAUUACUUGAACGUUGUGCUUGUUUUUUUUGUUUAUUAACGGGUCAACGACGAAGUCCAACAACACCAGUUGCUAUAGAAGCUGAUACAGAAAUAAAUACUUUACCAUAUUCAACAUCUGCAGGACAUUACUCGCUUGUUGAUGAUAAUGUUGAUGAUGAAUUUGAUCGAGCUCCUUAUGGACCACAACCAACAUUACGUGUUGUUGUUUAA